AUUGGAUUUUUAAAAAAAAAGUGUCAUUUGUGAUAAAUUUUUGUGUGUCAAUUGAACGAUUUGGCGAAUCAAGUGAAAAUGUCGGUCAAAUGUGCCAUGUCUCCACCACAAACGUACUCGCGUUUGUUCCGACCUUGGGACGGUAAAACCAAUCAGGAUAGUACGAUAACGUCGACAACGAUGCAAUUGCAACAGCCAAUGGCUCCAUCGGUGAGCCCAAAAUUAGUUAUCGAUAGUAAAAUCGAUUGCUGUGAUAAAACCAGUGAAAAGAUUUUGAUCAACGAUGUUCCAAUGGAUUGCGCAAAAUCAAUCACAACAAUCACCGAACAAACGGCUUUUGUGAACCGAGCUCCACACACCAAAUUGGAUGCAACGCCAGUGCCUCAUCUUCAACCACAAGUGCCAGGAUUUUUUCCAACAGCACCGUUUUUCGCACAACCACCAACAGCACCAGUUACAGUGGCGGCGGCCGCAGCAGCCACCACUUAUCCGGACUUAAUGCUACCAAACCUUCCGUUCAUGGGCGUCGAUCCAUUCGUCAUGGAGCAAGAGUAUGCCCGAGUCCUAGCCGAAGAAGCUCAAGUCAAAAUGAUGACGGCCAGAAAACAACGACCAAAGAAAUUUAAGUGCCCCCAUUGCGAUGUUGCUUUCUCAAAUAAUGGCCAACUUAAGGGACACAUUCGAAUUCAUACCGGCGAAAGACCAUUUAAAUGUGAUGAACCCAACUGUGGUAAAACGUUUACCAGAAAUGAAGAAUUAACUCGACACAAGCGUAUCCACACCGGACACCGUCCAUUCCCAUGCCAAACAUGCGGCAAACGCUUCGGACGACGUGAUCAUCUCAAAAAACACACACGAACUCAUUUCGUUCAAGAUCGCUACAUGCAAUCGGCAAUGUUUUUGCCACUUUAUCCAUAUUUGUACGGGUACUAGACAACUUUUGUAAUUAGUGUUUUAACUAUUUGCCGUUUGAAAUUCAAACUUUUAUAAGAACCAAUGAAAAACUGUGUACAUAGCAUUUAGAUAGCUAAGAAGAUUUUAAUCUAAGACAUAACAGAGAAUUUAAUGAUAAAUUUCGA